AUGUAUGAAGCGACGCCGAGCGCCGCUGAUCAGGAGAAGGCGCUGGAUCAUGCGUGUCGAAUUGUGAAAUCGGAGGCGCACGAGAUGAAGCGAUGCCUCGACAAGGGGAAGACGAUGGACGCGUUGAAGCACGCGCUUCAAUUUCUCAACGAGCUUCGCACCGGAGAUUUGUCGCCGAAAUUCUAUUACCGAUUGUACAUGGAUUCGGUGAAUGAGCUUCAACAGCUUGAAACGGUGCUCAUCGACGAUUUUCAGCAGGACGCGUCGAAAUUGACAAAUUUGUAUGAAUGUGUUCAAUACGCCGGCUCAAUUAUUCCCAGAUUGUACCUUUUGGUCACUAUUGGCGUGGUUUUCAUUAAAUGCGGCCUCGGGUCUCGCAAGGAAUUACUCAAAGAUAUGGUGGAGAUGUGCCGCGGUGUUCAACAUCCACUUCGCGGCUUGUUCCUCAGAAACUAUCUUCUUCAAUCAACGAGAUCGUUGCUGCCCGAUGUCGGCGAUGACGAUGAUGAUGAUGGGGCGGUGCUCGUCGAGCCGGCUGAGGCGAACGGCAAAUGCUUGAAGCAGGACGGCACCGUCGCCGACGCCAUCGACUUCAUCAUCAUCAAUUUCGGCGAGAUGAACAAACUCUGGGUCCGAAUGCAGCAUCAGGGACCAUCGAAGGAGCGCGAGAAGCGCGAGAAGGACCGCCUCGAGCUUCGCAUUCUCGUCGGCACCAAUUUGGUGCGACUCUCGCAAUUGGAGAGCCUCACCGAAGAGAUGUACACGCGCGAGGUGUUGCCGUGCAUUUUGGAGCAGGUCGUUUCGUGUCGGGACCCGAUCUCGCAAGAGUACCUCAUGGAGUGCGUCAUUCAAGUGUUCGCCGAUGAUUUCCAUCUCGCCACGCUCAACGAGUUUCUCGCCGCGUGCGGCCAACUCGCGCCGGAGGUCAACGUCAAGAAUGUGCUGAUCGCGCUGAUCGAUCGCCUCGCGUUGUACACGACGAGUUCGAUCGAAGGCGAAGCGGCGCGCAACACUCAGAAUAAGAUGCAAUUAUUCGAGAUAUUCUCCGAACAGGCCAAGGAUCUUAUCAAGAAUCGUCCCGACAUGCCGAUGGACGACGUCGUCUCGCUUCACGUCGCACUGGUCAGUCUGGCCGUAAAAUGCUAUCCGAAUCGUGUUGACUAUGCGAAUUUGUCGCUUCUCAGCCUACGGACGAUCAUCGAGGAGAAGGGCAUCACGACGAUCGAGGCGUUCGGCAAAGUCGGGCGCGAGUUGACGAAACUCCUCAACAUUCCCAUCGACGAGUACAAGAAUGCGGUGCGGCUCUCGGAGUUGUCCGAAUUCGUCGCGCUCGUCAAUUUCUUCGAUUAUCGCGGACGAUGCAACACCGCCGCCUACAUCAUCGCCAACAUUCUCGACGAGGAGACGUUCCUGAAGACCCAGGAUGACGUGAAUGUGGUUUUCGAUUUGAUCGCACCUCUGAUACGCGAUCAGCAAGAUCAGCCGACGGAUGCGAACGAGUCCGAGGAUUUUGUCGAUGAGCAGAACGCCGUCGCCCGAAUGGUGCACAUGAUAAAAGCGGAUGACGUCGACAAUCAAUAUCUCCUUCUCAACAGCGCUCGCAAAGUGUUCGGCGAGGGCGGCAAACAUCGUCUAAAAUACACGCUUCCUCCGAUUGUCUUCGAGAUUUAUCGAUUGGUUGUCUCGUUUAUCGACCAAAAAGAUGCGGAUCCGAAUUGGGAGGCCAAAGUUCGAAAAAUGUUUGUCUGCGCGAUGGGCAGCAUCGGCGCGCUGGUGUCGACCGCCGAGCUCGCCGAGUUGCCAUUGAAGCUCUAUUUGGAUGGAGCCGCUGCCGCCAACAAAGUUCCGUUCACCGACAACCACACGGUCAUCUAUGAGUUCAUCUCGAAGGCGAUGUCGAUUCUCGAGGACGAUGUUGCCGAUUCGCGCGAUCGCGUGCGUUGCCUUCAUCUCACCAUCGGCACCCUAUUGGCGACGAAACAUCUACCCGACGAGAAUUGGCAGCCAUUGGCGAGUCAGUGCGCGUUGGCGGCGGCGAAAAUGUUCAAAAAGCCCGAUCAGGUUCGAUCGCUGAUAUCGGCGGCGACACUUUAUUGGAACGGCAAAACUAUUGAGACGAUGGGCGAGCCGAUGAGGAAUGGCAAACGUGUGGCGGAGAUAUUGAGGAAGGCGGCGAAGAUCGCGAAUGAGUGCCUCGAGCCGAUUGUUCAGCAGCAGCUAUUCAUUGCGCUCAUCGCCGCUUACACCUAUUAUUACGAGGAUAAGUGUCCGGAGAUCAAUGUCGAACACAUUGAGCAGCUUGUUGCUCGCACCACCGACAAUGCUGUUCAACUCGACGUCUCGUCGGAAGCCGACGCCCUCGAGCGUCAAUUAUCGGAAGCGGUGAAACGAUUGAAUUUGGCGAAGAGCGAGAUCAAUGGAGGUGUCGAUGAUGCUCCGCCGCCAAUCGAUAAUAGUCAAUUGUAA